CCAUUCAUCCAGGAGGAAUAACUGAAAAUACUAUAGAAUUUGUCUUGAAGGAAUUCACCAAUAAAUCAGUCAGGUAGCUGUAUUAUACUGUACAUAUUUUAGGCAAUUAGCAGUUUCGAAACCACGGCGGGUGCCUGUGAUAAAAAUCUUGACUGCAUGUCAGACAAAAAAUUCAGUUUCAAAGAGGGAAAAUGUCCCAAAAUGAGCCUAUUGAUCUUAGAGCAAAUGUUAUAAUCUUUUAAAUAAUAAAUCGUUCUUGUUAAUUUCAUUUUAUAAUUAUCCCUGUGAAAAUGAUACAUAGUGUUACUACUAUUACGGGGAGGUUAUUCCAGGUAUAGUUUCUUCAUUUCCCCCGCAGGGUUUUGUCCCCAGAGGGCCAAAACCCGAGGAGGGCAUAUAUAGAAUUCCUCUCGUAUAUAGGUUGUAUUGUUCAGUCGUGAGGAAAAAUCUGGGUUUGCUCAGUCAAGCCCGCAAAGGGGUAUUGGGAAAUUGCCGCAAGUAGCAUUGCCAUUGGGAAUGAAAACCGCAAGUAGCAUCCGGAAUGAAGGAUUUAAACGGAAUUGUGGGAUAUAUCACAUUUAUUAGUACAGAUUCUGUACUAAAACCACUAAUUCUGUUUGUGAUUGGCGCGGUUUAAUCAAAGAAUCUCCCCGUUGAACCAGAGCCUUCGCGACGUUUCAAUUUAUUAUUUACUGUCGAAGGCUCUGGAAGUUUCCUCUCCAUAAGCUGUGAAGAUAUAACUUGUUUAAACAUCUGUCAUGUUUUCCUAAACGUAUAAACAAUGCAGGGAUCAAUCGGGCCGAUUUCACGUUUUUAUACAGAAUGUUAAUGACGAAUAGCACUGAAUCGGCAGGAAAAAUCGCUGUGUGUAAACAUAGCUAAUAAAAAUCGCCCAGAGAUUCUUAGUUUCCGUAAAUUACGCAGCCUGAAACAUUGGGCAGUUUUAGUGUAAACUUAGCCUGCGUAACGGCUCUCAGAGAAAGUAGAGCCUGCACGAAACCCCCUGCUUUGCCGUAUUUACUCGUUCUCUCAGAGGACGAGAAAUCUGAUUGGUUCAAAAUGAAAAAGUAUGCUAAUUUAUGCUAAAAUUGAUACAAACACGGCGGAUGUAUUUUUGAGAGGCGUUUCUUUGAGUUUUGCAUUCAAAAGAACUUAAAGGCCACGAUUUACGGUUGAACAUUAAAGUUAUUUACGAACUUGGUUCACGAAGCUCUAGAGAUAUUGACUGUGGUGUCUUCGUUGGAUUGCUGGAUUGCCAGGAGAGAAUUGCUAUAAAUGCUUAUGUCUUAUGAACAGGACUUGCUCUCUGUGAAGUGAUGGCUUUAAACACCUUUAAUAUUCUCUUAUCAGCAUCGUUCGAAACUUUAACAUUUAAUACAUCACGGUUGACCGCUGUCGAAACUAUAAAUUCUAUUUGUACGUGUGCGAGAAAGCUACGAAAUAUCGUAGAUACGGACUGCAAACUACUUGUGACAACGAUGUAGAUUGCCCUAGGCCUAGCGCUAUUCCAACAGACUUCAAUUUUCUUUAGCCGCCAUCCGUAUAUUACAGUAUUUCGUUUUGAAAUUUGCGAACAUACAGCAAUCUAUAUUUAUAUUUCAUUUUGAUAAGUAAAUUUGCAAACGUAAACAAUCUGUGUGAUUGGCCAAUUUUGACAUCUGUUUAAAGUGGGCGUAGCCCGCAGGCUAAGUGGGCGGAAACGGCAAAGCAUGGGGUUUCGUGCAGGCCCUACUUUCUCUGAGAGCCGUUACGCAGGCUAGUGUAAACUAUUUCUAGUAUACUAUAUAUAUAUAUAUAUAUAUAUAUAUAUAUAUAUAUAUAUAUAUAUAUAUAUAUAUUGUUUGAUGGAUGCUUAAUUAAAGGCCGAGUGACUAGCACAGAACACACCAAAAGCAAUGGAUUGUGGAGUGGAGCAGCCCUCCGUCUGGAAAAUGUAUAUUCAGUGUCGCAGAAUGCAGCCCCUGCGUGGUUAUUACGAGUGGCAAUAGCCUGCCGCACACGAGAGCAACUUACUGAGCUAACCGCCUCGUGAGGCAGCUAGCUCAGCUAUGUAUUUUCACCGCACACGUUGGGAAAACUACUCAACAACAACAUAAUUGACAAAAUCAUUUGCAUUUUCCUCCAUUUUGUCGCAAGUCACAUGAAGAAACCAUGGUUUGUCAAUGGCUAAUUGAUUCAAACAGCUGAGCACUUAGCUCACAACAUCCGCAGACCCUGAGAUUUUUACCUCGCGAGGCGAAAAAUAUCAAACACGAUAGAUAUUUUCCUUAAGGCCUCGAGAGGUCAAAUCCUCACGAAAACUAUCCGCCUCGCGAGGCGGUUUGCAAGCCACUCGUGCUUUGUUGCUUUAUACAACAAAAAGUAUACAUUUAAUAAAAUCACUUAAAAUACUAGAGAUUUCUUCGUGGGAUGUUCUGACGUAUAUGAUUAGAAAUCUGCACGGGUUAAUUUAUUUUCAUUAAGCGAACGAGCGCAGAUGUAGUGAGCGAUUGAGUUGUGCGAAAAUACAAUAAUAAAGCACUUGAGAUUUUUCUUCCAUUGAAAUACGUGUUAACAAUGUUAGCCUUAAUGAAGAUGUUUAGUAUACAGCCGGUUUAACUUGUCAUCUUUAAUAUCGUUGUCUUGGGAAAAAUAACUAUAGCCUUCGUACCUUAAUCAAUGGAAAACUGUUAUUGAAUGCAGAGUAGAUUCACGGCUGGAAUUUCUCGCCUUUUCGGGUUACUUUGUUAAUUUCGGCCGAAGCUGUUUUAUCCCUUUAUUUAUCCCCUUAUUUCAGUAUCUUUACUGCAUGAAUCGUAUUUCAGAGACCCACAAAUGGAAAAUUUGGCGGUGGUUCAUGCCCCAAGGCCUGCUUUGAAGAGCCCCUUUGUUAAAAUUUUGGGACUACGCCACUGCCAAAAUAUAUGUCCACAACUGAAGGGGAACCUUCGUAACGAUACACGGGAAAUAUGAAACAGCCGGCUUUGUAGCUGUAGUAGUUUAGAUUUAGAAUUUCUCACGUGAUCCAUGCAUGAAAGCGAUCUUUAAAUUGUUAAUGCUAACAUUAAUAUCUAGCCUGAACUGAACGUUAAUUACCAAUGUUUUUGUGGGCGUCUUAUCUAGGAUUUACCAGAUUAUUGUUCUAGAAGUUAAGGAUGGGCAAUUGCGGGACGUAAAUGUACGAGUCACAAGAUACUACGAAAAUAGAACAAAAGGAGAACCAUAUAUCACUGCAGAAUUUAAAGCCGAAGACUUUAAAAAACAUGAAAAAUUCAUUGUUGGAGACGGACAAUCACUCAAUGCACGACGACGAAGAAAGCGAGCUGCAGGUAAAAGCAAAUAUUAUUAUGAUAAAACUUUGAACACAAGUCAUAUUUUCUCUGGCAACGUGUUAGCAACGGUUAAGGUUUAACCAUGGUCUAUCAAGAUAUGAUGGUCUGGAAACUAAACAUGCAGAGGUCAUUACACCGGCCGUAAGGCCCAGUGUUGAGGUUCCAUAUUUUCUGUACGAAAAUUCUUCGUUUCUUUCGUCAACGUGAAAUCAACAGGUGGGAAAUUUGCUGUCGCUGGUCAGUAAAUUGCGGGCGCUAGCUAAAAUUUUGUUUUAAAUUAUUAAAAUAGCAAAAACAAGUUUUUGGGCUUCUCGUUUGGGAAGGAACCGUGGAUGUGCAAGAAUUUAAGAUCGUUUAUUCAAAUGCUGUUGAAAAAUGUCCUGGAUAAAAGACUUUAAACUGAAAUCGGGCAAUUAUAAACUAAUUAUUUCUACGACGAAAUAUUGACGAAAUUUAACUUUUCCCGAAGAUGCAAGUUGUUUUCACCCCCUGCCGGGACAGAUGAAAUUAAAAAACUAAACUCACGGUGGGUUUAAAAUUUAUUUCUCACGCAUUUUUUACUCAGAAAUACCUUUAGAAAGUUUAUUUAUGAUUAAAUCCUUGAAAACACUUAGUGCAAAAAUCGUGAUUUUGCUAAAAAUAGGAGAAAGCUAAAUUUUCAACUUAAGAUUGUAAAAAAAUCUAGUCGAGAGCCAAAACGAGAGUAUCUCUUGAAAUGAUUCUUCAAAGAUUUCUUGAUUCACUAAUCAAGUAUUUUUGAUAUGAAAAUAUUACGGGUUGAUAUCAAGAACGGCACAACCGUCUAAUAGUCUGUAAUAGUCUGAAUAGGUGCCUCUGAAUAUUCCGCUAGAAAUUGCAUGUGUUUGCUAAUCCUGUUUGUAAAAGCAUAUCCGUUGGCGUUGAAAGACUAGAGUCUAUUGAUUCAGAAAAUAUGAUCAGUUUUGCAAUCAUGCGAAUACGUUUCCCUCUCUGUCCAAUUCAAUACAGGGUGAUUUAUGGGGGUCAAGAUUAGCACAAUGAAAUAAAAAAUAGGUACGUUAGGCGUACAUGUAUCUGCGCAAAGGAAUUGCGUCUUUGCUAUGAAAAAAUUUCAUUCACAAUUAUUGAGUAAAGUUUAUAUUUCGAAGUGACUACACGUAUAGCCGGCAGCCGGCUGUAUAGUCACUUCGAAAUAGUAGUCUCCUUCGCAGCCGCUCUUUGUGUCGAGGUUUCACCCCACGAGCGGCUGCUCCCUCGAGCACAGCAUUCCAUAAUUCCAUUCCCUUUGGAAAAUAUCUAAAUAAAUUUAGCGAGAUAAAUAUCUUAACAAGUCAAAGGUCAUGUUUCUGAAAUUUAGAAAAACUUUUUUUGUUUCUGAAAUUUAAGAAUACCUUGAUCGAGUUAUUUUUCAGACCAGUGACAUAGGCUCCCAGGCUCUUUCUUCGGGGAAGGAAAGACCCUGGUCGGAGCUGGUCACGUGGCUCCCAGAUUCUGGGUGCUAAAUUGAAAUUGUACUCAAGGAGGGGUGGUAGAGGAGUGCGCUUGGAAAAUCACAACUUCUGUGUUAUAGAUUUGACAAAAUUAAAAUUUGCAACAGAAAUCCUGAAAGAUUUCGUAUUUACUUUGACUCGACUUCCUCUAUAUCAUUGAGUGUUACAUUAAUCAAGCGAGAAGCUGGAUCAGAUUUCAGUGGACAUCAAGGCUUCAAUGGCAACGAAAGGACGCUUUUCGCCGUAAAAAUCUUCUAGAGCGAACCGCGAACGAUAUGGUUGUUCCUGUCCGAUAUGUAAACCCAACGGAUUUACCUCGUGUAGAGACGUAGAAUUGCUAUAAAAUAGCAAGAUCCUGUGAUCCCGUAGCCUACGGUGUACCGUAGGCUAGUGAUCCCGCCAACUGUGUGUAAAUUCUAAACAUGCUCUCCCGACUGUGAAAAGCCCGUCAAAGACUGUGAUAUAUGUAAACCGUUUCAUGCGUUUUGACAUCGCUGAGACUCUAUGAUCAAGAAUUAUGUCGAGGUAUAGCUCUCUGUAAUCAAACGUAUGGUAAAGUCAAAGACAAAGAUUCUUUCGUUGCGUGCGGUACAGUUUGAAUAUUUUAAUUAUACAAAAGACUGUAUACUGUAUAUAUAAAUAAUUUCGUAUAAUGAAGUAAUCGUCCAAUAAGGAUGGUUGAGUUGAAACGUGCAACCAUGAUGAUUUGUGCAUGGUGAGGUACAGUUCAACAUCAAACAAAGGUCUUCUAUUUUGUAGCUCUGAAGUUUGCCGGGAUUCCAGACCAUCAUAUCCUGACAGACUAUGUUUUAACUUAUGACUGACGAGAUAACUUUUUUACUGAUGAGAAAGGGGGGAAUGAUUGACGUCCAAAGAACAAACCGUUACCGCAUAUAAAUAUUGCCUUUAAGCUGGUUGUACGUCUUUUUGUGUUUGCCCAUGCAUUAAUCACCUGGUAACCAGGACCGGUAUAAUGAAACCUGGGAACGAAUUUAGGUCUGUUCUACAAAUUAUUCGACAUGAAAUAAGUGAUUUACAACCAGAUUAGUACAAAAUUAAAUUAAACUACCCAGAUAGUUCGUAUUGAGGAACUCACGCAUGCAGACAAACUUGUCUUUGCUCAAGUCUCCUGAUAUAGAACAUCUCUCUUGUUUUUCCCUCGUUUAGAUAAUAUUCGUAAUGGUCCACUCAACGCUGGCUCUACCUACCGACUAUUACAACGUGGUCUUGAUGAUAAACGCAACGUUAUUGAAACUGGAGAAUGGACCGAGGAAAUAUCAACACCGGAGAGAAUUGUGCCACCAAAUGGUACCUCGAGUGUCGGUGUUAUUGUUGGUGUUGUUGUGGCCGUUAUCUUAAUCAUAGUAAUUGUAUUGGGAGUUUUCUUGUAUUUGAAGAGACGAAAGGUUGAAGAGAGCAAGCCAUUCGUUGGUAAGUAGGCCUAUGUUCUAACAAUUCUGAAGCUAUACAAUCGUGGCAAACAUUCUGUGGACAAUUAGUGGAAAACUAAAAUAUUAAUGUUCACAUAUGCACAAUUUGGCCUGCCUUUGUAACCCCCCCACCUCCGUACAAUGUUGACUUUGAUAAUGUAUUUCACAAAGCUUUACCUUCACUUAUGUAUUAGCCUUUCAACAUUGAAAGGGCCAGCGGGGGGGAUGCGAAAUGCUGUUUUUGCAAGAAUGAUAUAGGGCAAAGCACGUAUUUACACUUGCGCGCGCUGUCCAAAAUAAUUUUUCCCAUGAUUGUAGCUCUUACGAGGAGGGGGCUUGGGACUGGUUUUUCAAUAUGUCUUAUACAUUCAUGGUCUUAGCUAAAAGGCCGUGUUAGCGUGAUCAAGAGCGGAAAAACGCGACAAAAUAAAUUGAACAUGGGUUGAUUAUUUAAAGCCGGUGUGGGUUUAUCAUAAAGUAUGUUGCUAUUUACAGCAGACAGAAUUUUCCCCUGUUUAAUAAACUCUCUAAGAAAGUUUGUUAAGUCUAAUUUGUGGAAAUACACGAUACUUUUAUGAAAGGUUUAUAUAUGUAAUAGCAACCUUAUUGGUGUCAAAAUAUAUAGAAAGCUGGGUUGAUAGGAUCUACACUGGCACAGACUGUUCAAAAUUCAAAAUAUAGCCUUACAUUCACCCCAAGAAUCUCAAUAAUAACUCAUUGUAAUGUAAUAUGAAAUAUGUUGGCCUUGUAUUUGGUCGUAUCGUAGAACAACCAUGCACAUGCAUGUAUUGGCUAUUGUUGGCAAGCAUAAUUGUUGAAGGGAUUUGUAGAUGGAAUUUUUAUACAUAUAUCAGACCUAACCAGGAGCAGUUGCGAAAAAUACAACUAUACGUCCUCUAGCAGGACUCGAACCUGCGGACUUGCGCUUCUGAUAUUUAUAAGUACUACAAUCGUGGACAUAAUUGGUCCCCCUAUAGAAAAUUCACAUAUUUUUAUGAUAAACUCCAUGUUGAAUCAUGUUGCCUUUCUUAAGCCCCCGCUCCCCCAACUCAAUGUUGACCUUGUGUCAUGGUAUAUUACCAAAUGUUGUUUCGGCGUUGUUCACAACAUUGAACUGGGGGGAGGGGGAGACAAAGUUUGUUUUGUCAGUGUUCAAUAACUUUGCAGCUGAUCUUUAUGGACAUUUAAAAAUGAAUUUAUUUGUUUACUUUAUUAGUAUUCACUGCCAAUGGGGACAAUCUCAUUGACAUGCAUUUACAGUGUAAAUCUAGUGAUGCGUGCGUCUUGAUUCUAAUAAAUCGUCCUACUUCUGAAUUAAUAUUCAUAACUUUCAUAAACAUCCCUCUAACAUGACUAUCUGGUCUUUACUGUUGUAGCCUUAUUUAUUAUUCAUCAAUUUCACUAAAACAAUUGGUUAUUCUGGGUGGUUUGUGCACGCACUGAAAUUUAGAAACACUCUUAAAAUCUUAAAUCCUAGCUAAACCCUGUAUACAUGGAAAUCAGCAGGAUUUUGUUUCAGAUGUAGAAGCCCCUCAUAAUUCAUUUGCUUUCUGUUUUCUUCAGUAACAAGACGCUCUGCGGAGCGUUAACUCGCUGGGAAGUGGGGCCAUACAACAACGCACAUUAGUGUACAAUCGAAUACUAGCGUGAAAGGCUUAAUAACACAGUACUAAAAUGCGGAGGCCCUACAAGUAAAGACUAAAGUUAUAUUUAGUACGCUACAUUCUUCUAGUCAAAACUGUCAGCCGCCAGUUGGUCUAGGAUUAAACUGCGCUUUAAAACGUUCAAAAUAAAAUAUUUGGGGGGCUUUUUGGCUCAAAAUACUAUCAAAAUGAAGCGAGAAGUGAGACGAAUCCACUGGUAUACGGCCGAAAAACAGAAAACCAAUAAUACCAAAGUUAUCAAAGAUCAAACGUACUGCAUUUUUUUAUAGUUUAAUUAUUAAUUUUGAGCGUCAAUACAAUUUCGCUUGGCUUUCAAAGACAAAGGCCAUAAAUCGCUAGAACACUGUUGUUUAGUAAUACAUUUGACAUCCGUAAUUAGUACAAUUUCUAACGCUGAAUCGGGCGGUGGUAUUUUUAUCCUUAUUGCGCCAUUAGGCAUUACAAAUACACUAUGAAACGUACUGCGAGUGAUUUGUCAAUAAUACGUUUUCGUACUGUACUGUAAGCGAUUUUCAACAAAUACAAUUUCGCUUGAUUUUCAAUUCAAAGGCCAUAAAUCGCUAAAAUACUGGUGCUUAGCAACACAUUUGACAUCCGUAAGUAAUAUUUCUUACGCUGAAUCGAACGGUGGUAUUUUUAUCCUUAUUGCGGCAUUACAAACACAAGGACAAACCUGUGGACAAACGUAGUGCGAGUGAUUUGUGCUCAAGAAUUCGUACUGCGAACGGUUUGUGAACAAUACAAUUUCGCUUCAUUUUCAAAGGCCAUAAAUCGCUAAAAUACUGGUGUUUAGUAAUACACUUGUAAGUACAAUUAAUUUCUUACGCUGAAUCGAACGGUGUCGCUUUCUUCUCAAAAUAUAAAAGCAGCACAGCCAAAUUAAUAUAACAGUCGAAGGUUGCUGUUUCCAUGUCGAAAUUCCUUGUAAAAUUGUUCAAUUUUCCCGAAUUUUCCUCAAAACGCAGGGUUAUUUAUGGAUAAUUUGGGUAAAAAUUGGCAGAAGCCGCAGGAGCUUUAUGGAUAAUUUGGGUAAGAAUUAGGGAGCUCAUUAAUAUUCUAUUUUGUGGCUAUCGAUCCACGAUCCACUAUCCGAGAAAAAUCCGAGCCGAAACCUAUACUCGCCCGGGGCACAGGUGCCCCAGCGAGUAAUUAUGAAUGAAAAUGACAUAACAGUAUGUUUUUUGUAUAUUUAAAUUAUUUUUCUAAUACAUUUUUAACCUUCGUAGCUGCUGACGGACCUGCCAACCAUGGUUUUCAAUCUGGAGAAGUUAUCGCAAUGAGUGACUUCAGUGAGCAUUGUCGAAUUCUUGCAGCAGAUUCAAAUUAUCUUUAUUCCCACGAAUACUCACAAAUACCUCGCAAGAACGCUAGCCUGACGAUGCACCACGCACAGAAUCAAGUUAACCGAGAGAAGAACCGUUAUAACAACAUAUUGUGUUACGAUAGUACUCGUGUUAUUCUCAAAACUGAUCCAACAGGGAAUGACUAUGUCAAUGCAAGUCGCUUGGACGGUUUUGAAAAAGAGAAGGCUUAUAUUGCGUCACAGGGCCCGCUGGAGAACACGUGUGAAGAUUUCUGGAGAAUGGUAUGGGAAAAUGUAACAAGUACAGUUGUGAUGGUAAGUGCAACUAUUUCAUUUUACGAUUUAGUGUGUUGUACUGCUCUGUUCUGUGAUGAUUUUACGAUUUAGUGUGUUGUACUGCUCUGUUCUGUAAAGUGAACUUAAUUAACUAACUUUAUUCUACUUGAUUGUUAUCAUUUUUAACCUGUUUUCCUUUAACUACAUAAAUGUUUUUGUUAUUUUAGGUAACCGGUUUGGAAGAAGGUCGUAAAAUAAAAUGUCAUCAAUAUUGGCCAUCAACAGGCAGUAUGGAGUAUGGACCGUUUGUCGUUACUUUACUGGAGCAAAUUGAACUUACUGAUUAUACAAUCAGAACAUUUACCGUUUCUGAAG